AGCCUUGCGGAUGGAUACAUUUUUAACACCACUACGAGUGCAAAUAGCCCAACCAGGGAACAAUAAAUAAAACAUUUAUAGAAAUAAACCAGUUAAUCACGGAAAUAUCUACGAAAUUCCCAUCUAUAAAUCCGACGGUAAAUGUCGUUCGAAGCUUUUACAGUAGCCAAUUCUGACACCAGAAUCUCGCAUUUUCCAAGAAGAGAGGGACGUGAUAGUCUAAAGAACACACAGAACGAAACCACCCUUCCAGCUUUGCAGCGGUCUCCAUUUUAACUGUUUGCCCAGUCGGUACCUCACGUGUUCUGGACGGUCUUUCUCACAUGACCCUUGUUUGUCCCCGUGAUCAGUACUUCCAACUCCGUUUUUCAGUGUCGCUGAAUAUCACAUUUUAAACUGUAACCUUCAUGGAUAUGAAUGAACAGAGUUUGGACAGCUCUACAGGUCACGAGAAACAGGAAACAGAGGAGAUUCUCCAACUGGAAGGUGUGGGGACGGAGGAGCAGACUACAGCUACCAUAGAGAGUGUACAGCAGGCCGCAGCUUUUGCGGAUCAUAAUGUUCAAUACCAGUUCCGCACAGAGAACAGUGGAGGACAGGUGACCUAUCGUGUGGUCCAAGUGACAGAUGACCAGCUAGAGGCAGCAGGCGACGGGACUGGGGCAGUCAGUGUGGUUUCCACUGCUGCAUUUACUGGAGUACAGCAAGCAGUGGCACAGGCUGUCAUUCAGAACCCCUUCAGUAAUGGGGGUAGUCCAGCGGGGGAGACAGUGGGUGGGGAAACGCGUUUUGCCUAUUUCCCUGCUGCCACAGUCAGUGUCAGUGAUGGGGCAGCCACAGCAGUGUCGGUGCAGGCUGACCCAACACUCACACAGGCCGGAGGUCAGUUCUAUGUGAUGAUGAGCCCACCUGACGUGUUGCAAGCUGGCACGCCAAGGACCAUUGCCCCUCGCACACAAACCUACACCACAGACCACGCUGAAAAUGAGAUACUACAGCAUGGCAGUUCAAACUGGAAGAUGGAUGGUCCACGGGCACCUAGGGAUGAGAGAAGGAGAGCACAACACAAUGAAGUGGAAAGACGGAGAAGAGACAAGAUCAACAACUGGAUUGUCACCCUCUCAAAGAUCAUCCCAGACUGCAACAUAGACAGUACCAAGACUGGAGCAAGUAAAGGAGGGAUCCUGUCGAAAGCGUGUGACUACAUCCGGGAGCUGAGACAGAAUAACCAGAGAUUGCAGGACAGCUUCAAAGAGGUGUUGAGAGUUCAGGCAGACAACGAGCUUCUCAAACAACAGAUUGAGGAGAUGAAGAAUGACAAUGCAUUGCUUCGAGCUCAGCUACAACAGCACGGCAUAGAGAUCAAUGGAGAUACGACACCACAGUGAUCUACUGGACACACACACACUCUUACUUACUCACUGGAACACUGGUAAAAUACAAAUACUUAUAGAAUGCAUGAAGGUACACAUGCUCACGUGUAUGCAUCAUCAGAAAUUGCCACGCAUACACACAGAACAGAGGGCUUGAGAGGAAGAAGUGGACUGCCGACUGAUCAAGCCCCCUCCAACCCCCACACACACUCUCUUCCAAGGCUGAAAGCUGAAAUUCAUGACUCUGUAACUAAAUUAGUUCCCCACUUCUGCUCAAAGAAUAGCCAACUCUUCAAAGGUCGUGCAUUCACCUAACUCUGUUUUUGUUAUGGACAAUGACAAUUCACAUUUAUUCUGUUUUAACCUGCUGCAGUUUUCCAUGACUUUUUUUGGCAUUUGUUGUGAGCUAUACUACCGUGUCUGACAUGAAUGAAUCCUUUUGUUUGUCAUUUACUGUAUUAGUUUACAAUCAUAGUGCAAAUAUAGGGCUGAAUUUUGCUGUUCCAUUUUCCCUUAGAGAUUACAAACCAUGGUAGACAUCAGGCACCUUCAUCCUUUGAUGCACACCAUUUCAAAGGGUUGUUUCAUUGUCGAGUGGAGGUAGAUAAGAUCAUAUUGAUUUAAGCUGUUUUAAAGGCCUGCGAUGUAUGGUUGUUGUAUUAACACUAGGCCUGACAUCGCAGACGAUCAGGGCAGUAGGUGAUAGCAUAGCUCAGUUCAUUCGGACAAUAUAUAAUAUUGGUUCCCAAAUGAAUAUCAGUCCCCUCUUCCUUGCUUUAAUUCCACUUAUCUCUUGUAUUGUCCCAUCUGGUGCACAGUAAAUAAUUUAAUCUGAAUAUCAAUCUCACUAUAUGGUAAUGAUGCAUAUUGGGCAUGAAAUCAUGGUAUGUAUCUGCUUGUGAUGGGUCACUUACUGGAAUUCAAUACAUUAAUUGGAGCAUGUGUCAGUGUUGCCAUGUUUGGGACACUGGGUAACUCAACUAAAUAUUGAGGAUCUGAGGGAGAGUUGUCUAUUAUGGAAUUUCACCAUGUCCUCCAGUAAUUUAUAGGUUUGGGAACCAGUGCUAUGAAGGAUAAUUGUAGCUCAUCCCAGGUCAGCAGUGCUUUAAGGAAUUGUUUGUGAGUGAAGGUUGUCAGCAUCCUUGUUUUAUCUCCACUGAAGGCAAUCACAGCAUGGCAUUCUAACCACUGGCAAUAUUUAUUCCAAUUGUAGAAUAACGUUUCAAUGUUAUACCAUAGCAUUUGGAUUGGAUAGGUAAGCAAUGUGGUGUUUGCGCCACCUUGCAUUCUGAUUGGCUAGGUGACAUUUUCCGCAUUGCUUACAUCAUAUCCUUUUACGCCUACACUGGUGCCUUGGGGAUAGAGGCAGGAGGUGGGUUUGGAAUUGAGCUGCAGUCUUAAAGAAUUUCUGAACCAAUCCUUUACCAAAUCUGUUUUGAUGUAAAGGGCAUGUUAUAGAGUGGUCCAGACAUGCUAGCGAUUUCACUUGGUUUUGAGAAACUUGGACCACCCGCAAUAGACUUCCUCAUUGCCGUGUAGCCCGUUCAGCAGAGCUGGUAGGGGAAAUGGCUUGAGUCGAAUCAAAUGGAAUAUAAUGUUGCGGAUAAAGUUGAAAUUGUGUUAUUCCGAAGUGUACAACAUCUAAAGACCUGCAUCACUAUACUGAGAGUGUGGCCAUUUCUAAAAUGAUGUAUUCUUCCGUAGCUCCUAUACUGCAGAACGAGCAAUGAGAAAGUCUAUUUCGAGUGGUUUCUCAAAACCAAGUGAAAUCGUUAAAGUGGACACUUAUAUAACAUACUAUUUAAAAAAAAUGUUUUUUUCGGACAUGGUGAAGCAAUCCUCUACCCCCUUAUAAAGAAAUGUGGGGGCAUCUUGUCUGUUUAAAACACCUUAUCCAGGGGAGUGGCUAACCUAAUGUUUACUGCUCGCAAUAAUUAUCCCUAUCUGGCUCGAAGUACCAUGAAAAAGAGUGGUCCUUUUAGACAGAUAUGGACAACAAUAUACUAUAUAACUGAAACAAAUAUGGACAAAGUACUUUAGUUUCAUUAGCAUGAGCUAGCAGGGAGAAUAUAGUUGCCAUGUAAUUUUGAACUUGUAGGUCAAUUUGUAUUGCCAAUGGGGCUGUCCCCGACUGAAGAAAACUCUUGGUCCACCAAGAGUCAGCUGUUCUUUCGACCAAUCGAUUGGUCAAACAUUUUUAAACAUGUAUUUUUCCAUAUAUAGACACACCCAAUGUGUUUUAAUAAAUUAUACUAUAUGCGUUGAGCAUGUCUGAUGCUUUAAGACACAAAUGACUCAAGAGGGAGCCAGAGAUAAAGAUAACCAAAAAGAAGGCCAAGUAAAACGCUGGAGAAAGCUCUCACUGAAGAUUCAGUUAAGCACCUUGGGGAGUGCCACUGCAGCGGCCGCUGUCAAGCAUAUAAAACCUGUCAAUGUUUUAGCCUACUCCGUAGUUGCAUUCUAACUUACUGUUUUCAAGUGGUAUGUCAUAUUCGUUAUUGAACUAUGAGCAAACCGCUGUUUGCACUAUUUGCAUUCUACUUUUUAUUUGUCUUAAGUAGGCCGUAGACACUGUAUGUACCGGUAGGUAAAUCUUAGGCUAUGAUUAGGCUCAUUUGCUUGUGCCGUCUGGAAAGAAUCUGCCAGAUACACAGUGGAAUGAAAGGUGAUGUUUGGCAUAUAUGUUAUUAGUAAUACACCAUACAAUUCAGGAAAACACAUUUGUUAUCAAAUAUUUGUAUUAGUGUUACACCAUUGUUCUUACAUAACUUAACCAUAUACAAUUUCAGUAGCACAAUUAGUGCCUUCAGAAAGUAUUCAUAACCCUUGACUUAUUACACAUUUUGUUGUGUUAAAGGCUGAAUUCAAACUUAUUACUUUUUUUCACCAAUCUACACACUACCCCAUAAUGAAAAAAUGAAAUCUAUGAUUUUAGAAAUGUUUGUAAAUGUAUUAAAUUAAAUACAGAAAUAUCUCAUUGA